AGGUUCCUCAUCGACUUGAAGACGCCAGGAUUUCAACUUCUGGACUUCUACAACAGCUGGACCAUCAUGCUCACCCAGUGCAUCCGGUGCUGCAGCGAGCGGGAGGCCCAGAUCUUCGGGGUGUUCCUGCGCGAGAUGAUGUCGUACGUGAUCGAGCUCCGCAUGGACGAGGCGGCGUACGCCAAGGCCAGCAAGGACAAUCCGGCGUUCUACCGCAACUACCACAACCCCAAGGAGGACGACCCUGGCCAGAUAACCAUGACGGCCUACGCCGACCUGCUGAAGGGCCACGCGAAGUGGGAGGGCCGCAUCUUCAAGGCCAUGAAGCAGGGCCUGGACUCGGACGACUGGAUGGAGAAGCGCAACAUGCUCCUGAUGCUCAGCCAGUCCACGACAUCUUUUCCGACUGUCUACAAGUACGGGCAACAGAUCUUGGCCCAUGUUGAAGCUCUGAGAGACAAGGAGGACAACGAGCACCAGGACAUUAAGACGCUCGCGCGGUCCCUCGCGGUCAAGCUCCAGGUGCGCAGCCAGCACUGGGUCGACAGGCCACCUCCCGGCGAGAAGGACGCCGCCCGGGAGAAGGACGCGAAGCGCGCCAAGAAUUCGCUGACCGACAGGGACCGCGACCGGGACGGCAAGCGCGAGGACAUCGUCGCCGAGAAGCGCCCGCGCAGGGAGGACGAUCCCGGAGAGAAGCAGCCGAGGGAGUCCCGCGACGGCAGGGACGGGAAGUCGGACAAGGCCAAGCCCGCCAAGGAGAAGGACGGGCGCGAGCCCAAGGACGCGCGGCCCGGGGAGAAGGCCCGAUCCUCGACCCGCGUCCGGGACGCGGAGAAGCCCCGCGAGAAGGACCGGGACGCCCCCCGGGAGAGCAGCAAGUCCGCGCGCGACAAGGACUCGGACCGGAAGCGCAGCUCGCAGCUCCAGCCUGUGCCGCCGCCCCCGCACUCAGGCGACCGCCGGCCGCCGAGCGCGGUGGCCGACGACCGCCACGAGAAGCGGCGCAGGACGGAGCGCGACGCGGGGGGCGACCACCGCGGAUCCGGCGACCGCCACAGCGGCCGCGACGGCGGCGGCCACCGCAACGCGUUAAGCUCGGCGCCGGCCUCGCGGGCGCCGUACUACGACGACAGGCCGAGGUACGACUCCAGGAGCGGCGGCGGGUACGGGAGCAGCCGCCACUCGGACUACCCCCCGCGGAGGUGACGCGCUCCACGAGCGCGCGCGGCGCUCGCCGGCCUCCUUCCCUCCAGCCCUCGCCCUGUGUCGCUCGCUCCUGGUCCCCAUGUCUCUCCCUGUCGCUCCCCCUCUGCUCUUCGGUAGUGACUGGCCGCAGCACUGCUCGCCUGUGCAUCGACGAUGGCGCGGGAGAGGGGUGCGCGUGUGGCUGUCAUCGUUGAAAGCCAGCUGCGCCCGCUGAGCCUUCCGCUCUUGCCGCCUGCCUUCGUCGGUGGCCCUUGCCCCGCCUUGGUCUGGAAGAUGCGCGCACAGGCUGAGUUCACGUUUGCCCGCAGGCCCAUGCA